CUCUUUCCCUCCUGUGUCCUCCGUUCCCCCGUUUGAAUGGAGCGGCUGGGUUCGUUGGAGACCGCACACCCCUCGCCGGGCGCCGUGCCCGUCGCCCGAGCUCCUCCGGCGAAGGCGACGGGGCCUCCGGGGGACGAGGAGCCAGCGGGGGCCAGCUCCAAACUCUUUUGGUGCUCGUGUGUGAAGCGUUGGCUGCCGCCGGCCUACAGGGACGAACUGUACCACGUCCUGCGACUCACGGGCCCGUUGCUGCUGUCUCGGAUCCUGAACUUCCUCCUGCCGUUUGUUAUCACCAUAUUCUGCGGUCACAUCGGCAACGCGGAGCUGGCUGGAUAUGCCCUGGCCUCAGCGACCAUUAACUUCACCACCACUUCAACAGGCUACGGCCUCGGCGUGGCCUGUGACACGCUCAUUUCACAGACGUUCGGCGGUAAGAACCUGAUGCGGGUUGGAGUAAUACUCCAGAGGAGCGUGCUGAUCCUGCUGCUGUUCUGCCUGCCCUGCUGGGGUCUCCUCAUCAACGCUCACAACAUCCUCCUCCUCAUGCACCAGGAGGGAGAGGUGGCCAGGAUUGCGCAGCUCUACGUGAUGGUGUUCAUUCCAGCUGUUCCAGCCAUGUUCCUACACCUGCUGCAGGUUUCCUACCUUCAGAACCAGGGAAUCAUUCUGCCCCAGAUGUACACAGCAGCAGCAGCCAACGUCUUCAACCUGGGGAUCAACUUUCUCUUAAUCACCGUACUCGAGCUGGGGGUCAUGGGAUCAGCAAUUGCAAACAGCCUUUCUCAGAUCAUGCUUUGCCUGCUGUUGUUUGGCUACAUCAGAUGGAGGAAACUCCAUCUGCAGACGUGGGGAGGCUGGUCCACUGACUCUCUGCAAGAAUGGGGCUCCUUCAUGAAGCUGGCGGUUCCCAGCGCUUUGAUGGUCUUCUUUGAGUGGUGGAUCUGGGAAAUCGGAGGCUUCCUCGCAGGUGUGCUGGGAGAGACGGAUCUUGCCGCCCAGCAUGUGUUAUUAGAAGUAGGAGCAAUAACUUUCAUGUUCCCUCUAGGCGUCCAUGCGGCCACCUGCGUGCGUGUCGGUAAUGCGCUGGGCGCCGGUAACACCGAAAGAGCCAUCGUUACCUGCAAAGUCUCCUUAAUUCUGGCAGGAGUGCUUGCAGUGGUCCAGGGUGUUGUCCUCGCCAGCUGUAAGUCCGUCCUCGGCUUCAUAUUCACCUCUGACGUCACCAUAGUGUCAAUCGUGUCAGAGAACUUGACCCUCUACAUAUUUCUUCAGUUCUUUGACGCGCUACUGUGCGUCUGCUCAGGGAUUCUCAUAGGAAGUGGGAUGCAGAAAAUUGCUGCCUUGUCCAACCUGGUGUGUUACUACUGCAUCGGCCUGCCGGUGGGGAUCGCGCUGAUGUUCACCGCCAAACUCAGGAUAUUAGGCUUUUGGCUGGGUCUCUCCGUUGCUAUUUCUUUCAUGGUGGUUUUCUACCUGAUCCUGAUCUCUAGACUCAACUGGAAAAAAGUAACGCAGAAGGCUCAGCUGCGAGCGGGAAAGACCAUGGGGUUGACACCGAAACGUCCUGGCAGUACAAUCCUGAAUGAAGGGAUGCUGCCGGACAUCGCCGGCUGCGUGGACACGGCCAACGCUGAAACGACCCAAAAGCCGGGCGGCUACAGGCCGGUCAGCGCUCAUCGCCAGGAAGACGAGGACAACAACGCGGCCGCGGGACGGACGGAGACGGACGGCGAGCCGAGCAAAGCGAGCUCCAGCCCUGCGGAGAAGCUUCCCGUCCCGCAGCUGAUCCUCCGGCGGGGGCUCACCCUGCUGGGGACAGUCGCCAUCUUGUUCAUCUGCGUUGGUUUCCACUUCGCGUUCCCUCCGCCGGAGCCCGGUUCCCAGAGCCGGGCCAACUUCACCCUGAGCUGGGCCAACGACUCCACGCCCACGCCGCUGGCUCCCCUGAACCCCACCUCCGACUUCUGAGCCCACUUCCCGGGACCUGCAAGCGGAGCGCACAAACAUUUCUCUCGAGAGUGACGAGUGUCGGACUCCGUGGAAACAGCUUGAGAGGGUUUCCUCGCUCCACGUCGUGCUCAGAAACCCGUCUCCGUGACACUGCUGAGGGAAUCCAGAGCGCUGGAGGCCGACUCCGGCACCGGUUCUGACCGGAUGAAGGAAGGUUGCAGAGACCAUGUCUGGGAGGUUUAGCGGGACCAACAGCUAAACCAGCUAAAGCAGCACGACUUCCUCCCCGAGACGCCGCGCAGAUGUCUCGUUUUAUGUUUUAACUGAUGCUUGAUGUGAUUUAUACGUUGCACUGUGAGAUAUUUAACACCUUGUAGCACACUGAGUCUAAAUCAUUUCCUCCUGCUUUAAAUGGUGCAAGACUACAAAAGAGUAUUAUUAUUAUAUUAGGGCCAGGCAGAAAAAUAGAAAUGAUAUUUUAGAGGAGGAAGAUUUUUUUUUCAUUAUGCACUUCGAGAAAAAAGUCGAAAUAU